AUGCAAGCCUCACACUUCCUCACUAGCCACCAAAAAUUUCCUUGUACUCCACAUGGCCUAAACCCAACCCACCAGUACCGCUUCUCACCCCCAUCGUCCACCAUCAGAUUCCCUCCACAACUACGUCGACCCAUCACUUCUGCCGUGGCUGCUCCAUCACCACCACUACUAAAGCACCAAAAGACACACUCGAUGCCAUCAGAGAAAGUAGAAAUAUUCAAGUCAUUGGAGAAUUGGGCCACACAAAAUGUGCUGCCACUUCUAAAACCUGUAGACCAAUGCUGGCAACCCCAGAGCUUCUUGCCUGAUCCUUCAUUGCCAUUUGCUGAUUUCACUGAUCAGGUACGGGCCCUACGCGAUAUGACGGCUGAGCUUCCGGAUGAGUAUUUUGUGGUGUUGGUGGGCGACAUGAUCACCGAGGACGCAUUGCCUACUUAUCAAACCAUGAUCAACACGCUCGAUGGCGUUAGAGAUGAGACUGGGGCCAGCCUGAACCCAUGGGCCACCUGGACCCGGGCCUGGACUGCUGAGGAGAACCGGCAUGGAGAUUUGCUCAGGACGUAUUUAUAUUUGUCGGGUCGGGUUGAUAUGCUAUCGAUAGAAAAGACAGUUCAGUAUCUGAUUGGAGCUGGCAUGGAUCCUGGGACAGAAAACAACCCAUAUUUGGGGUUUGUGUACACGUCAUUUCAAGAGCGAGCCACUUUUGUCUCACAUGGGAACACGGCUCGCUUGGCCAAAGAGGGUGGCGAUCCAGUGCUCGCGCGUAUCUGUGGUACCAUUGCAUCAGACGAGAGACGCCACGAAAACGCCUACGCUAAGAUCGUUGAAAAGCUCCUUGAGGUGGACCCCACGGGCGCAAUGCUGGCUAUAGCAGAUAUGAUGCGUAAAAAAAUCACGAUGCCAGCCCACUUGAUGUACGAUGGUCAGGACCCACGUCUUUUCGAGCACUUCUCAUCUGUGGCCCAGCGGCUCGGAGUUUACACUGCCGAUGAUUAUGCAGAUAUUUUGGAGUUUCUGAUUGGGCGGUGGAGACUAGAGAAGCUGGAAGGAUUGACGGGUGAGGGAAAACGCGCACAGGAUUUUGUGUGUGGGUUAGCGCCUAGGAUUAGGAAGCUGCAGGAGCGAGCCGAUGAGAAAGCUAAAAUGAUGAAGCCACAUGGCGUGAGGUUUAGCUGGAUUUUCAACAAGGAAGUCGCCUUGUCAGAUUAG